GGUGACUGAUCGGAGAAGCGAGCAUGACGGAAUAUUUUGUUUCGCCUGCUGCGAAAAUGCUCACAAGUUGGUUAGUUGAAGAAGCAGUUCUGCUAAAAGGUGUGAAUAAGAAAGUUCAGCGUCUCAGAGGCAAAUUGAGUUGGAUGCAAGGUUUCCUCAAGGAUGCAAGAGAAAUCAGAAAGAUUUCAGGCUUGGAAGUCACAAAUAAGAGAAGUCGCAUUCGAUGCUGAAGUGCUUAUAGAAACUUACAUCAGUGAGGCAGCAGGACGAACUUCAUGGAGAAAAGUCCUUCAGCCAAUUCAUCUUAGGAAAAUCCGAAGAAAAAUUGAAGACAUCGAGGCCAGGAUGGACGUUAUCUCAAAACAAAAGGAAAGCUUCGGCAUAAGUGGCAACAAUCAGGACGGAGGUGAAGCAGUGAAUUUAAGAGAUAAAAGGUUGCAGUGCUGGAGACACCCAUCACCGAACGUGCAGGAAGAUGAUUUGGUUGACCUUGUUGACGACACCACGGCGUUGAUAACACAAUUGUCUUCAAUGGACAGGAGCCGUUGUGUAGUUUCUAUUGUGGGAAUGGGAGGAUUGGGCAAGACCACUCUGGCAAAGAAGUUGUACCAUCACCCUCAACUUGGAAAACAAUUUGCUUGUAGAUCCUUUGUUUAUGUAUCUCAAGAGUACAAAAGAAGAGAAAUUCUACAAAAAAUCAUUGAAGAUGUACGUUGUCCUCACGAUACAGUUGAUUUAGAGAAAGUAGAAGAGAAGAAGAUGGUUGAAAUGCUACACAAGUUCCUGCGCGAUAAGAGGUAUCUGGUUGUUCUUGAUGAUAUAUGGACAAAGGAGCUUUGGGAUGGUCUUAAAGAUGCAUUUCCUAGUGGGGAGAUGGGAAGUAAGGUGUUGCUCACUACUCGCUUUAUAGAUGUUGCUGUAUACGCAGAUCCAAGGAGCGUUCCGCAUGAGCCGCGGAUGUUAACAGACAACGAGAGCUUGGAACUGUUUCUCAUGAAAACACGCCCGGGAGUGGUUGAUAUCCCCUCUAACUUGCAGACACUUGGAAAAAAGAUGGUGGCUAAAUGCGCUGGUCUGCCUCUGGCAGUAGUUGUGCUCGGAGGAUUACUUUCCACUAAAUCGGAUGCGGAAUGGGAGCGCGUCGUUGGAAACAUCAGCUGGCAUUUGCUCAGUGCUGAAGUUAGAGUCUCCUAUAUAUUAGCCCUAAGCUACGACGACUUGCUUCCCCAUUUAAAAUCAUGUUUUCACCAUUUGGCGCUUUUUCCUGAAGAUUCCAGCAUAGAGAAAAAGUAUUUGAUUCGAUUGUGGGUUGCCGAAGGAUUCUUACCACAACAAGGACAAGAAAUCGAAGAAGGGGUGGCUGAAAAUUGCUUGAAUGAGUUGCUUAAUAGGUGCAUGAUCCAGGUGGCAACGCGAACAUCUCUUGGCAACGUUAAAACCAUUCGCAUCCAUGAUGUUCUCAGAGAUUUCUCUCUCACCAAGGGGAGGGAACAUUUUCUUGAAAUAUUUACUGACCAAGGAAACGAGUCGACCUCAGCAUCCCACCACUCGACCAAAUUUCGAAGGAUUGCGAUCCACGCUGCACAAUAUCCGUAUGAAUUUCUAAACCCAAUAACCCAUUUACGCUCCCUCCAUUUUUUCGGCGAGGAUCAUGAAAAGAUGUACUGUACUCGCAAGAAUUUUAAGUUGCUCAGGGUCUUAGAACUAUAUUGCAAGAAUCGUAAGUGGAAUGAUCUCAGGGAAUGUAGCGUAGUUGGGGACUUGAUUCAAUUGAGGUUUCUCAGGCUAAGAGGAGGGAAGAAUGCAUACAAUACAAGCCUGUCGUCCUUGAAGAACCUGCAAACACUUGAUAUGAGAUUUUGUGGUUCAUAUUUGAUGUUCAAAGAGUUGAAGAUACAGAAUCUGAGACAUCUACUCCUACCUGAACAUUAUCCAGUUGACUUAGCAUUGGGUACCAUGACCCAUUUACAAACCCUAAAAGGCAUAGAGGGUGGACGAUGGAUAGAAGAUGGUUUGGCCAAAAUGAUCAAUCUUCGACGACUGAUGAUAAGAACACUAUCACGAGAUGGGGUGACAUUAGUGAUUUCUAUCGUUGAAAAGUUGCGCUACCUUCAAUCGUUGUCGCUGACCAAUCAUGAAUUUGGAGAUGAAUUAUUUCCACCACUUGAAGGACUAUCCCGGUGUGACCAUCUUCAGAAGCUUCGUUUAUGCGGAAAGCUAGAGAAGCUACCUCAUGUAAAUGGAUUCCCACGAAACCUCAUAAAGCUAGUUUUGAUGAGAUCCAACCUCCAUAGAGAUUCAAUAGUUAUAUUAGAGAGGUUGCCAAACUUAAAGAUGCUUUCCAUGGAGUAUGGAUCAUACCCCUUCAGGGAAUUGGUUUGCUCCUCAGAAGGGUUUCCACAACUGCAAUUUCUCCACUUAAUUCAGGAGGAUUUAGAGGUUUGGAGGGUGGAAGAAAGGGCACUGCAGAAGCUCAGGCAGCUAACCACAGUCCGUUGUUCAAAAUUAAGGCAGGUUCCAGGAUUGAAGUUAUUGACUACUCUUCAGGAAUUAAAUAUAUUUGGUUCACCUGGGUUUGAAGAUAUGCUUCGAACUAAUGAAGACCUGAUCGAAUUCACAAGAAUAAACUCGAUCAAAUUAGUGCAAAGAUAUAAUUUCGAUUAUAUGAAAUGGUCUGCACACCAUUAG